CAUGGGGCAAAGUCUGUAGAGCCUUUCCCCGCCAGUGUCCUCGCUUUUUGGCUCGUAAAGUCAGCCUGGUCGUUUGUUAUCACUGAAGCCGCGUCUGCGAACGGAGGGACCAGCUCCGCGCCUCCUGGGUUCCUCUACCUCAUCCUUUGGUGUGGGCCUGAUGCUGCGGCAUGCUCCGGAUUCCUAGAGUGCUGGAGCGAAUUUAAGGAGAUUUUGUUUACGUGUAUGGCAUAGAAGAUGAAUUCGUCCUCCUCCACCAUGAAUGAAGAACCUGAUGCUCUCUCGGUAGUUAACCAGCUCCGGGAUCUAGCAGCAGAUCCGUUAAACCGCAGAGCCAUUGUCCAGGAUCAGGGAUGUCUGCCCGGCCUUAUUUUAUUUAUGGACCAUCCCAACCCCCCUGUCGUCCACUCGGCUUUGCUCCUCUGUCUCCCUAACUUGGCAAGACCACUGGGCUUCCUGCUCCCUGUGCUGCAGUCAGGAACUGCCUCCAAAACGGCUCUUCGAUACUUGGCUGAGUGCCGUGCUAACAGAGAAAAGAUGAAAGGAGAGCUGGGUAUGAUGUUAAGCUUGCAGAAUGUUAUACAGAAGACUACAACUCCAGGAGAAACAAAACUGCUGGCCUCUGAAAUCUAUGACAUUCUUCAGUCUUCCAAUAUGGCAGAUGGUGAUAGUUUCAGUGAAAUGAAUUCACGUCGAAGGAAAGCUCAGUUUUUUCUGGGAACCACAAACAAACGUGCCAAAACAGUAGUUUUGCAUAUAGAUGGUCUUGAUGAUACGUCUCGGAGAAACCUGUGUGAAGAGGCUUUGUUAAAAAUUAAAGGUGUUAUUAGCUUUACUUUUCAAAUGGCCGUUCAAAGAUGUGUGGUGCGAAUCCGUUCAGACCUGAAAGCAGAGGCUUUGGCAUCAGCCAUAGCAUCAACCAAGGUUAUGAAGGCUCAGCAAGUUGUGAAAAGCGAAAGUGGAGAAGAGAUGCUGGUCCCAUUCCAAGACACACCUGUGGAAGUAGAACAGAACACAGAGCUGCCCGACUACCUGCCUGAGGAUGAGAGUCCCACAAAGGAGCAGGACAAAGCCGUGUCCCGGGUGGGCUCACACCCAGAGGGUGGAGCUAGCUGGCUGAGCACAGCGGCAAACUUUUUAUCCAGAUCAUUUUACUGGUGACUUCAUUUUGGGGCUCGAGGACUGUAUAAAUGAACAAGGGGCCAGUUUUCCAUUGUUGUGGUGAACUGUCAAGUGCAAUUUGCAAUAAGUUAUCAUGAAAAGUUUCUAGAUUACAUGAUUGAGAAUGCUGCAUUUUACAUUUUAUUGGACAUUUUACCCCACUAAGUGGUAAGAAGGGCAGAGGCAACAAGUGGAGUUGCUUUGUUUAUGAAGGUAUUUUGGUUUUGUUUUCCUUUGUUUAAUUGCCUCACAUUUUAAAAAACAUGGGUCCACUGUUAAACCAAACAUGUAUUUGUGCAGCUUUACAUUUUAUUUUACACGAAGCACAUGAUUAGGAAAACUUGUUUUCUUAAGCCUCAGGAUCUAUCUGAAGAGAAGGGUUUUUUUUGUUUUUUUUUUUUAAGCUCAAGUUGUGCAUGAAUUACUGAAAACUUUUCUCUGCCUUUUCUCGUGAAAGACACUUGCUUUGGUACUCUUCACUGAAAGUUGAAAGCAUUUCUCAUUACUCCCCUUUUGUGCCUUUUUUAUUUUGCCAACCAUGUUUAUAGAAAGGACGUUACUAAUGACAUUUUGUGAAUUAAAACAUACUCAUUGGAAUGUAACAGUCCCCUAAAAAUACAACUCUACGAAAACUUGGCAAUCUUAUUUAUUAUAAUUUUUUAAAGAUUAACACAGAAUCAGUCGAGAAGGAAACGUGUAUCAGCAAAGUGUUAUUGGAGACUAUUUGAAUGUGACCAAAUGUGGUUCUAGUUGACUACUGUUCAGUUUGGUUUAUAUCAGCUCUUCAGAAUUAUGUCCACCCUAAUAUUGGGAGUGACUGUAAAUGGUCUCUAGGCCUUACUUUGUGAUUACACACUGUCCCCUGCUAGGGGAAAAGAAAAAUGGUAGUGAAGAACUGACAAACUUGAAAAAAGGAAACAAAAAUGGAAUGCCUAUCGUGCCGUAGUGCUGUUUGGUAGAGUCUAACUUUGAAACAUAAAUUGCGUGGCAGAUACCUAUUCAGUAGGCGUUUCCUUUUAUUGCCUUUUGUGAGUUUAUUAUGGACAUGCAGUCAUAUUGAAUGAAAAGGAAAAAAAGACUCAAAUUAUUGCUUAUAAAGAAAUAAAGCCAGCAUUUGUGCGUCCACUGAAACGUGUUUCUCAUGUUCAGCUAGGGAAAAAAAAAACAAAAACAGGACUUCAGCAAAGGUAAGAUAAAUAUAAAUAUAUAUACAUAUAUAUUUUUGGUAGAUAAGAGCUAAUUACAUAUAUGUAAUGCUUUAUUAAAUUUCUAAAAUAUUUGGCAACUAAACAUUUUCUUUGGGAAAUUUGACUAACUCCAGAUAAAUUUUAAUGCUAAUAUGAUUAAAAAGUAAUAGGAGGAAAUUGAAAACUUUCUUCAUCAACAUUUAGAGCUGCUAUUUUACUGCUUGGAGAAUGUGAAGUGAACAUUAGACCCUGGAGGGUUUCCUUGCAUUUUCAUCGCUUCUCUUUUAGAGAAAACUAAAAGCAUCCAGUGUCACUGGAGAAAAAUUAUUGUAAAAUACUUCACCAACAAGAAUCUUGAGUUCAAGAACAUUGUGAUGCUAUGGAGGGAGGGGUGUUGAGGGAAUGGAGAGUGAGAUUUUUUUCAUCUGGGCUCUGAUUCAGGUGAUGUGCACCACUGAAGAUACAAGCUUUCAGGGCAUGUAUCGCUUUAAAUGCCUAAUACAACUUGCUGCCAGACCAGAUGUGUUAGGAAAAACAAAACAAAACAAAACCAAACCAAACCACCUCCUUUCUAUAGCCAUUGAAACAAAGUUUACUGUUCUGUUUUAACAAGUUUGUAUUUUAUUUUGCAUUGCCACACAUCUGCUUAUUUAAAACAACAACAUCCCUUCGGUAGUAAUGGUUCAGCACAAGUAGGUAUUACAGCUUGAUGUUUGUGUGUUCUAAUUCUCAGUGUUCUUCCGAUUCCAGGUCUUAUAGAGCAGUUAAGGCAACUGUAACGGCAUUUUUUGAAAUAUAUUGUAAAAUAAUAAAAGGUAACAUAAUUAAAA